GUUUAUAGGUACAACUUGAUAUUAUAAUUAUGCUCAGUGAUUAAAACACAUUUGAGAACAAAUACUUAGCUCAGAAGACGUAUUUUGUUGUAUAAUUUUACAUUGCUCUGUAAAAAUGUCUAUACAUUAUAAUAUUUUGUGUUCAGUGCUUGUCAUUGCCUUUGUAGUGCUGUGUAAUGCUGAUUAUGCACAUGAGUGUAUUUACGACGAUAGUGGGUUAUGCAUCGAAGAUUGCCCUCCAGGCACAAUUUCAUACACAUCAGGGUGCGGAACAGAAGAAACGAUGUCCCAGCGCACUUGCCGUCGUCCCAUCGCGCGAUCCAUAGGCUUCAUAUGCGACCUAUCCCGGUGCGACUGUCCCGAGCCCAAGGUGUGGGACGAAACUAUUGAGAAAUGCGUUUUCUACAAAGAUUGCUCUUCGAAAAAUUUUUCUGGCAGGAAUCGUUUGUAGAUUAGCAGCACUGGUUAUUAAAGAGUGAUUAGAGAA